AAUAAGCAAAGACAGGCAGAGUAAGUUAUGAAUGCGUGUGCUUAUAUAUGAUUUGAAGCUUUCCGGAAAUUAUUCAGUCAUUACUGGUAUCUGCGCUUCCAAGUACGACUCAAAUCACUUAGGAAAAAAAAGAUGAGGUGUUUGCUGCUCUUAAUCAGCCUAUGUGUAGCAUACACACCAGCAACAUCGCAAGGUUUAUCAAAACCAUGCGUGAAAAAAGAAAAUACUAACGGAAUCUAUUCAACUAGAUACAAGGGUUGUUGGAUACAUGGAGUUUGUCAGCCAUAUGGGAAAAAAAUAAAACAGGCCCUUUCUUGCAUGGUUUAUGUUUGUGAACGAAAAGGAGAUCUAUCUAAUGUGCGGUAUGAAGCAACUGGCUGUAGAUUGAAUCACAGAUGCUAUAGGAGUGGUAAAAUUAUAAAUUUAAAGACAUGUAACAGACUUACUUGUACGUAUUCAUCAUUUACUGGAUAUAAGUGGAAAAAAGAACCAACAGGUUGUAGGAUAAAUGGAGUUUGUCAUCCACAUGGGAAAAAAAUACGACAGCCAUAUUCUUGCCUGGUUUAUACUUGUAAGCGAGUAGGACAUCUAUUUUAUGUACUGGAAGACAUAACUGGCUGUAGUUUCCAUCACAAAUGCUACCAGCCUGGUGAAACUGUAACAGAAAGUAAGUGUGUACGCCGUACCUGUAUGGAUUUAAUGACUGGAUAUGAAUGGAAGAGGGAAUUCACAGGUUGUAUAUAUAAUAACGUGUGUUACAAAACUGGAAAGAAAUACAAACUCAAGCAGUGUCGCUAUGGAAUUUGUAAGAAACUCAGAAAUGGAUACUAUUUUUCCGAAAAACUCAUGGGUUGUCCAAUAAAUGGUCAGUGUUUACCCAUUGGAGAAAGAAAGCGAUCCAAGUGUUUUGAUUUAUAUUGUCGAAAAAUACGGAAUGGGGUUCUCCUCGAAACUACAUAUAAGAGCUGCUCUUAAGAAAAGGCGGAUGUACCAAUAUAUUCGGACCUAGAGAUACGUAGGAAUCCACAUGAUCAAGUUAAUAUCAGUCGUAAAAUUUACACAGAAUACCUGAACUUGUAAAUCAGAUGGAGAUUGAAGUUUUGUAUGAAUAUUCUGUAACCAAAGUGUCAAUAAUAAUUGUUAUUGUGGCCAACAAAUUUGGCAAUUCCAUUAGGUUACACGCUUAAAAAACAGUAACGACAAAAGUAAUAGCUAUUGUGACAUGAUGAUAACUUCUUAAUGAUCCGUCAAUGAAAACGCUUGGAUCCGUUUCAUUAAGAUUUUAAAAGUUCAAUAUACAAUCUUCAGUCGAUAAAUGUACAAUUGGAAGACAAUAACAACACAGCUACUCGAUUUUCUUCUGUAUAUUUGUAUAAAAGCUUUAAAUUCUUAUUUAUUUUCAAACAAUAUUAAUGUUUAAUAAAGUACGCUUAAAUGCACUUGUAUAUUUUUAAUCAUUAAAAGUAUAAAGUUUUUAUCAUGAAAUUCGUUGAGACACUCUUGUUCAUCGAUCGACCAGACUCACAUGGACUACACAACAAACAAAUAUCACUUGGUUGAUGGAAAUAAAUACUUCAAAUACCCACCAAA